ACGUUGGGAGGAAGAAGAAGGAGAGAGGGGGAGCGAGGGAGGAAGAGCGCGAGCGAGCGAGCGAGAGAGAGAGAGGGAUCCACUUUCAGCUGCUGUCAGACAUCCGAUCGCGCUCGCAUGGCUCGGAGGUAACCUGAUCGAGCUGGGAGGAGUGACUCGACCGCUUCAACCAAAAAAAAUGUCUUCUUCCUCUGCCGGAGAAGCGACAACAGACGUCAAGAUAGAAAAUGUGAAGGAGGAGGAGAAGGGCAUCCGGCUCCUGGCGCUGGAGGCGGCGGACUUGUCCAUGGAGCGCACGGACGCGGUGCGCACGGAGCUGUUGGUGAGCGCCGCGUCCUCGCUGGCUUUCUCCCCGGAGCAAGUGGCGUGCGUGUGCGAGGCUCUGCAGCAGGGGGGGAACGUGGAUCGGCUGGCCCGGUUCCUCUGGUCGCUGCCCCAGAGCGACCUGCUGCGCGGCAACGAGAGCAUCCUGAAGGCGCAGGCGCUGGUGGCGUUCCACCAGGCUCGGUACCAGGAGCUCUACAGCGUUCUGGAGAACCACAGCUUCAGCCCGACCAAUCACACCUUCCUCCAAGAUCUGUGGUACAAAGCCCGGUAUACCGAGGCGGAGAAGGCGCGGGGGAGACCCCUGGGAGCCGUGGACAAGUACCGGAUCCGGAGAAAGUACCCACUCCCGAGGACUAUCUGGGACGGCGAGGAGACCGUGUACUGCUUCAAGGAGCGGUCCCGGAACGCGCUGAAGGAUCUGUACAACCAGAACCGGUAUCCGUCUCCUGCUGAGAAGCGGAACCUCGCCAAGAUCACCGGACUCUCCCUGACGCAGGUCAGCAACUGGUUCAAGAACCGGAGGCAGCGGGACAGGAACCCGUCAGAGGCGCAGUCGAAGAGUGAAUCAGAUGGGAACCACAGCACGGAGGAUGAGUCCAGUAAAGGUCAGGAGGACCUGUCUCCGCGGCCCCUCUCCACCUCUUCUGAUGGCGUCAUCACUCACCUCCCCCUGCAGACCUCCGCUCUGGACUCCGGCGUGGUCAUCCAACAGCUCGGCGACAUCAAGAUGCCUCCUGGUUCUGUCGGAGGCAGCACCGGACUCUACAAUGGAAGCCUGGUCAGCAACAACGCCUCGUCCUUUCACAACGGUGCCUCGUCUUACCUCUUCAACGGGCUGAACCUCGGCCUGCAGCCGCUUGCCUUCAACUCCCUUCGCUCACCAGGGGGGGUGCUGUUAGGGGGCUCUGGAGUGGACAUGCAGGAGAAAGGACUUGUUACCGCCGAGGACUCAGGGAUGCAAUACGCCCCCUACUGUGUGAACGGAGGCGAGGUGAAGCUGGAAGGGGUCCAGAACGGCGGCUCCUCUGUGUUGGCGUUCAGCUCUUCAGCCGGGGGGCUCCAGCUGGGGGGCUACAGUCUGGUCCAGGUCCCGAGCGGAGUGUCUGACGGCGACUCGUUACUGAACAGCGACGUGGGUCUUCCCCCGCUACAGCUCUCAUCCUCGUCUCCGUCAUCUCUCUCGCAAGGUCCUCUUCAUCUCAACAACGUGGUGGUAACUUCAGCGGGCGAUGACUCUUUCCAGCAGCAGGACAAGCUCACCAUGACGUCGCUGCACCACAGCUCCGUCCUCUACAGCAACAUCGGUCAGACCUCCAUCAAGAAGGAGCCCCUGGAGGGCGGCGUCUACACCUCCUACCAUCACAGCCUCCACUUGGACCCGAACGGUCAGCUCACCUACACCACGCCACCUUCCGAUGACGUGAACGCUGGUCAAGGCUCAGCGUCUUCUAGCGAUGUGGCUACCACGUCUAGCCCCGAGCCGGAGGUUUACACCACCCUCACGGUCAGCACCCCCCUCAUGUCCCAAACGGACCCAAACGGGCAUCACCUCCAGCCUGCCGAGUAUCUAAGAGGCCACGAAGUGAGGGGCGGCGCACACAUGGUCCUGAACAGCAACUAUCUGAGUUUGUCGGACAGCAAAGUGGACGGGUCGGGCCCGGCCGGCGUGAGCGAGAUGGUGCGGGCCAUGUGUGGAGAAAUGGAGGCGGCGGAUGGGAAGGAUCUGGCCAAACUACAGACAGUGGAGAUGGACGAGGACAUGGCCGACCUUUAGCUCCACUAGCGGCCAUUUCUAUUUUGUGCGUGUGCGUGUGUGUGUUUUUUUUACUCAUUUCUUUUAAAUGUUAAAUUAUUUGACGACUGCGAUGUGCACUCAAGCCCCAUGGGGUAGGGGCAAACGCGCACAGCAACAUGUGACCCCAAAUCAAAAAAAGACUUACGACUGUUCCGGAGAGUUCUGUUGGGUCGGCGGUUGAAGUUUAUAGUCGACACCUGCUACUUCCUGUUGAGUGGGUUUGAUUUGCAGGAGCAGGUGCUGGCAUGUCCCGGGUCACGUGACGAGCAGAAUGUUCCUCCAAAACUAAAAGCGUCAUCUGGGUCAGACCGAAAAGGUCACUUGCUGGGAGGGGGACUGAGGGUGGACGGUGGGGGGGUCUCCGAAGGACUGGACACAGACAAGUCAUCUCACAUUCUUUGCUGCUGAUUUUGGAAAAAGGACCUUCAGGAAGCACCUUAGACUGUCGCUCAUGACCCAUCAAACCAAAGUAAAACCGAGGCCCAGGCUGCGUCCGCACGACUGCUUCCAUAAUAACUCAACUGUUGCUUGACAUCACAUGACCUCCAUGAGCCGAGACCACCCUGUCAUGAACGGUAUGAAACCUGCCAUCACCAAACUCUUGUGGAGUCCGUCACCACGUUACCACUAAACUACUCCCAUUAGUCCGCCUAUUCUGGAACGCAGUACCGACAUCAAAGGUUAGCUUUGAAAGCCACGUAACAACGCCAGUCCCGUAAUAGAAGGUAGCUGCGGAUCAUUGGAUAUCAAUUCCAGGGGAGCUUUCCUUGCCAUUUGACCAAAACUUGACCUUGACUGUAACCUGAUGUCCUUCUCCUUCCGCCAAUAAGGUGCUCAAGUAUCAUCUCCACCAUGCGGAAUGAGUCAGACACUGGCGUGCUAGGGAGGUCAUCCAAAUACUUCGAAUGAGCGACAACUUAGGAAUGAUUGCUACUUCCCAAUGUGACGAUCAACACAUCGACUUUUACAAGCCUAUCCAUUUGCCCAAGUCUGUUGAUCCCCUUCAACCUCAAGCCCCGCCCUAAAGUACGGAUGCAUGUACCCACCUUCAGUCAGUAAAUUAGCUUUAGCAUUGUGUGGUUUAAGCUAGCUGGCGAUUACAUAUUUAUACUUUUCCCCUUCAUGUGGUUCCUUGGAAAGCCCAUCCAUAAAGCGUGACAUACCCUUUAGAACUACCAAGGUCUACCAAAGUGCUCUACCUUUGAGGAUCAUUUCUGUCAUCAUCAACCUGAGUUCUUGCCCUCAGAAUUGGCUUUGAAGCAGACAGGCCUCUUUGUCACCGCUUCAGACAAAGCUGGGUUUGUUUGCAAGUCCAUCCUUAGUUCGUUCAGGAACACCUUGGGUAGAGGAACAGUAGGUGACCAAAUAACGUCAGACUCUGUCCUCCACGUGGUUCCAAACCCCCAAUCUUGUUUGGAAACUACCACACUUAAAAUACCUCCAAUGCCUCACUGCUCUGCUGCAACGUACAAACUAGAUGCUAGGAUCUGCAGUACCAUGAGACACCAGGCGGGGAACGUCCUUCUCAGGUGUUUUCUUCCGAGGACAGAAUCACACUGAAGUAGCACAAGCACUGUCGUGUGGACGAAGCCUUGGGCAAGACGACGCGCCUUCCACAGUCUGUUUUGCACUAACUCAGCGACCGCAUGACGAUUCAAGCAACUUCUUAUCAUGAACAUUUCUCUUUGGUCACAUUUCACUCCCCGACUGCGAGACAAUGAUCAAAUGUUCUUCCAGAGUUUGACUGAGUUGUUUCUGGACUUCCAUCUGCUGUGUUUUAGACAGUUGUGUGUCUGCAGCCGUCGGGAUGUUUCAGUGCCUUUUGAGUGAGAUUUACUGGCACAUUUGUCAGAUAACAGAACGACCUGAAUAGUGACUGCUUGUCAAGUUUUUGUUUUUUUUUACGACAGAUCCUGCGACGGACGCGGCAGAUUUCACACGCGGAGCGUCACGUUUUCAUUUGAGCAGCAGAAACACUAGCUUUGAUUUCAAAGUGACGGUCGUUUUUUAAAUCUUAGUUUGAAUUCAUGUUUGUUAUCUGAAAUUAUGUGAAUGUAUUUUUCUAAA